AUGGAAUUAGACAAUGAAACUAAUUUUUUGAGUUCUAAGGAUAUGAGUACGGAAGAGUUAUUAAAGCUUUUAUCAAACUGUGCUGAACUGAUCGAAUUACCAAAUAAUAAUUCAUAUUUCUUUCAGCACAUUGGAAGUAUGCCCGGUCUCUUCAAACCAAAUUGGAUUGUUCUAUAUAAUGUAGCCUUUGAUGUAUUCUUGGUUGGUUGUAUACUGCUUGCUGGGAUUACUGGCAAUGUUUUAAGUGGAUUCGUCCUAGCUCGUGACAGAUCUCACGGAACAACUAGUUUAAUACUAACCAGUUUAGCCGUAUUUGAUACAGCAUUUCUAAUAUUAUGCUUCUUUUUCCAAUUUCUGAAAACGUUAUCUUUCUAUAUUUUAUGGUUGUCAUACAUAAACGUUUAUGCUCAUACGAGUAAAAUAUUAUAUGGAUCUGGAAUGGCGGUGAGAAUGAUGAGAAACUGGACUGUUGUUCUAGUAUCAUUAGAGCGUUGGGUAGCUGUAUGUAAACCACUUCAUGCACCUAGUAUAUGUACAAGGAAAAAAGCGCAUAUUGCUAUAACACUUAUUGUUAUAUUGUCAUCGCUUUACAAUAUUCCACAUUUUUUUAUUGUUGAUGCAAUGCCAUUAUUGUGUUACUCUAAUGAAGACAACAAAACAAAUAUUCUUCAUUCUGGAUAUUAUAACUUUACGGAAUUACCUAAAGGAAUUCUGAUAUAUCAUAGUGCUAUACGAUCAUGGGUGAAUAAUAACUAUGCCUUCAGAUUAAUUUAUCGUCUGAUCAGUUAUACAAUUUUAAUUGUUAUUCUACCUAAUGUUAUUAUUGCCAUUUUUAAUGUGUUACUUAUUCGAGGAAUUAAGUAUGCGAAUCAGAGGCGAGCACAAAUUAUUGCUAGAAUAGAUUGCGCUAACAGACAGUUUGAACAAUGUAAUUAUCAUUCUCUUCACAGAGACUAUCAACAACAUCCUCAAAAACAACAUCCAUCACACCAUCACACUAUCCCAAAAUGUUGUCAUGGAGCACCACGUUCUUCAGAUAAUCAUGCUUAUUUUGUACGUGUUACAAAAUCUAAUCGUUCUCGUACAAUGGAAGUAAAUCGUUUAUGUGUUGGAGUAAUUAUAAUAUAUUUAGUAUGUGAAUUACCAGCUGUUGGCUAUCAAAUUAUUUAUCUGAUUAAUCAUCGAAGUUUAAUCGAGAUUAUUCGUCCAGUUACAAAUGCUUUAGUAUGUUUAAAUAGUGGUGUAAACUUUUUUGUUUACGUUUUUCUUGGAAGACGGUUUCGUUCACAGUUGAAAGAUUUAUUUAGAAAUUUAAUCAAUAAAUGUGGAAUACAUAGUAGUCAACGAAAAACCACCAAUCAAUCUACUCAUUAUAUGAAUUCAUGGCAUUCACGGCAUGAUAUUGCAUCGAUGGAUAAAGAAAGUGAACAACUAUUAAUGAAACAAAAUAAAUCUACAGGACAAAUAAUGAAAUCAGACUUAAAACCAGCUGCUGCACGUCUUAGUCUAAGUGCAGCUUAUACACAAACUUCAGUUAUGGAGACAUAA